AGCCCAGAGCAUUGCAAAGGGGCGCUGGCGCUGCCUCGGAGCCGCGAUGAGCGGAGGGGUCUACGGAGGAGAUGAGGUUGGGGCUCUGGUCUUCGACAUUGGCUCGUUCUCAGUCCGGGCUGGCUAUGCUGGCGAAGACUGCCCUAAGGCAGAUUUCCCCACCACCGUGGGGCUACUCUCUCAUGAUGAGUCGGCGAUGGAGCUGGAUGGGGACAAGGAGAAAAAAUCCGGCAAGGUCUAUUACAUCGACACCAACUCCUUGCACGUCCCCCGGGAGAGCACAGAGGUCAUCUCGCCCCUCAAGAACGGAAUGAUUGAAGACUGGGACUGCUUUCAAGCCAUUUUGGACCACACCUACAACAAGCAUAUCAAAUCGGAGCCGAACCUCCACCCUGUGCUCAUGUCCGAGGCCCCGUGGAACACGAGGGCCAAGCGCGAGAAGCUGACGGAGCUGAUGUUCGAGCAUUAUAGCAUCCCGGCGUUCUUCCUCUGCAAGACGGCCGUCCUCACCGCUUUUGCAAAUGGACGGAGCACUGGUCUCGUUCUGGACAGUGGAGCCACACACACCACGGCCAUCCCAGUGCAUGACGGUUACAUCCUGCAACAAGGAAUCGUGAAAUCCCCUCUGGCUGGAGACUUCAUCUCCAUGCAGUGCCGGGAACUUUUCCAGGAGAUGAACAUCGAGAUCAUCCCUCCCUACAUGAUCGCUGCCAAGGAGCCGGUCCGUGAAUGCGCACCCCCAAACUGGAAGAAGAAGGAGAAGUUGCCGCAAGUCAGCAAAUCGUGGCACAAUUACAUGUGCAAUGAGGUCAUUCAAGAUUUCCAGGCUUCUGUGCUGCAAGUUUCAGAUUCUCCUUACGACGAACAGGUGGCCGCACAGAUGCCCACCGUCCACUACGAAAUGCCCAACGGCUACAACACAGACUACGGGGCAGAGAGGCUUCGUAUCCCCGAGGGGCUUUUCGACCCCUCCAACGUGAAGGGCCUGUCUGGGAACACAAUGUUGGGGGUUGGCCACGUGGUCACGACCAGCAUCGGGAUGUGUGACAUCGAUAUCCGGCCAGGUCUCUAUGGAAGCGUCAUCGUCACAGGGGGAAACACUUUGCUGCAAGGCUUCACGGAUCGCCUCAACCGGGAACUCUCUCAGAAAACGCCACCGAGUAUGCGCUUGAAGCUGAUCGCCAGCAACAGCACCAUGGAGAGGAGGUUCAGCCCUUGGAUUGGGGGCUCCAUCCUGGCCUCUCUAGGCACCUUCCAGCAGAUGUGGAUUUCCAAACAGGAAUACGAGGAAGGGGGCAAACAGUGCGUGGAGAGGAAAUGCCCCUGAAAUGGGUGGGCAGCCCACCUCCCCCUUUGCCCUCCCUCUCUCCCCACACCCCACCUUGUGGAUGCUGCAGCCCCUCCCAGCGACUCCCUCCCUUCGAAACGCACCCCGGAUCUGCUCCGCGGCAACCGAGGCUCUUCGCCCUCUCGGCACCUUCUCCCCUCUCCAAAGAACCUGGGUGUCCUUCCGAGCCCCCCGUUUGCCCCCCGCUCCAGAGAAGAACCCAGGAGUCCUGCACCCACCGACGCCUGUGCCAACAUCUAAGAACGCAGAGACGAAGAAGCGUGAGAGGGUAGAUUUUGAGCUCCUGUAUCGCUGAAGAGACGGGAGGUUUUUCUGAUCCCAAAGUCCUGAAGGACAGCCUCUCCUUCUCCUGCCCGUGUGAUGAUUCCUGCACCGCAGGGGGUUGGGCUGGAUGACCCUUGGGGGUCCCUCCCUGCUCUACAGUUCCCUAGGUCAAGGCAGAGGGGUUUGGAGGAGGUCCUCAGCGGGCGCUCUGCCUCUCCCCCUUCACCUCCCCUUGUGCUGUUUUAUAUGUAAACCUGGGUGGAUCUAUUUAUUCAAUGGACUGCUUCUUCAUGGAUUGACAUUCUUAUUCUCCUUUAUUUUGUUUUAUUUUUUAUUUGGGUGUCGGAAAAAUAAUAAAUG